GAAUGAGAAAGAAGGAUGAAUCAACUAAAGGAGCUCAACAGAGACUGUUAUGAGAAGUUGUUUGCUUUGGAUCCAAAAUUGUGGACAAAGAGUCACUUUACAUUUCUGGCUAAGAGUGACAUGCUGAUGAACAACAUCUCGGAGGCAUUCAAUGGAAGAAUCCUAGAGGCAAGAGACAAGCCAAUUCUUACAAUGUUUGAAUGGAUUAGGUGCUAUUUGAUGACAAGGUUUGCAGAGAAAAAGAAGAAGGCAGAGAGGUAUGAGGGUACACUUUUGCCAAAACCCAAGAAACGGCUAGAUAUCAUCGCGGUUAGAGCUAUGGAGUGGCAAGCUAAAUGGGCAGGAGACCUGAAGUUUGAAGUCCACCAUAAGAACAGGAUGAUCAUGGAAAGGUUUGUGGUCGAUUUGAUGGCUGGAAGGUGUUGUUGUAGGUUCUGGGGUUUGUGUGGUAUGCCGUGUCCCCAUGCUUGCUGUGCUAUCUUUGAGAAGGGUGACAACCCGGAAGAUUAUUGUAGUAACUAUUACAGCAAGGCAGUAUACCUUGCUACAUAUGGACAGUCAAUAUCACCAAUCAAUGGAGAAAAUAUGUGGCCAAAGAUACAAUGCGAUACCAUCAUCCCUCCAAUUUUCAGAGUUAAACCAGGAAGGCCAAUGAUGGUUAGGAUAAGGGAACCCGAUGAAAACAUAUCACAAACAAAAUAUAGAAGAUCUGGAACUUCUGUUACCUGCAGUAAUUGUGGCCAAUACGGACACAAUAGGAGACUCUGUCCAAACCCUAUAGUGACAGCUCCUGAAGGCACACGAGGAUCUGAUGCUGCAACUGGAGCUGGAGGAGUUGACUCUGCUGCUAAUGAACCUGCUGCUGCUGAUAAAGCAAAUGGAUCUGCAGCUACUGCAACUGCUAGAUCCAGGAUGGUUAAAGGGGGAGGCAGAGGAAGAGCAGCAGGAGGGAUGGCCAGAGGAAGGGGUAGAGGGAGGGCUGCACCCAUGACUGCAACAGCAUCAAGGCCUUCAAACACCCCUGCACCCACAUCCCAGCCACCACACACCCCUGCACCCCCAUCCCAGCCUCCACACACCCCUGCAUCCACAUCCCAGCCACCACACACCCAUGCACCCCCAUCACAGCCACCACACACCCAUGUCCCACCCUCAUAA